AUGGUGUACUCGUCAUCGACGCUGAUGGCGAGCGUCGUCUCUGCGGCACUCGCAGGCGCCGCAAUUGGCCUCAUACUGGGCGCACAACGCAUCCCCACAUGCCCCAAAGAAGGCUCGCACCAUGGCUUGAUGCGGCGAUUUACGUGUCUGCUGUGCCGCAAGAAGAAGAAAGGAUUUCCUAAGCGACUGAUCCUGGUGCGCCACGGCGAAUCCGAGGGCAACAUCGACCCACUACUGUACGGCCGCGUACCUGACAACGCGAUGCACCUCACGGAGCUAGGCUACGAGCAGGCCGUAGCGGCUGGCGAGUCCAUCAAGAAGAUUGUUGGGAACGAGACAAUGCGGUUCAUUGUGUCGCCAUACGUCCGAACGAUCGAGACAUUUUGCGGCAUCCUUAAGGCCUGGGGCUUCGAAGGCAAGUCCAUCCCGUGGUCAGAGGAGCCUCGUAUCCGUGAGCAAGACUUUGGCAAUUUCCAGGAGCCCACGAAAAUCCGCGAGUGCAAAGCUCAACGUCGUCGCUUUGGCUCCUUCUUCUACAGAUUUCCAAGUGGAGAAUCUCCUGCUGACGUGUACGACCGCGUCUCGAGCUUCCUUGAGUCUCUCUAUCGCAUGUUUGAGAAGUCGUCCGAGGAGAACUACGUUUUGGUGACACAUGGUGUGGCUAUCCGUGUAAUUCUUACACGCUAUUUCAAGUACCGCAUCAGUGAGUUCGAGCUGCUCCAGAACUUCCACAACGGCGAGUUCGUCGUGCUUGAGUUCAACGAGUGCCAAGGCAAGUUCAUGCUCAAGACGAUCGUGUCCAACCACGUGCAGAUCCAAGAUGACGGAAAUGUGUCUGUGGAGACGGAUGAGACUACGCAGCUGCGUAUCCACCCGAGCGACACCAUGUCGUCCAUUCCAAGACCCUAUUUGACAUCUCCGAUCAAUCACUUCCGACACCCGCCGCCGCCAUCUCCACCCACGUCCAGCACCAUGUCGUCGCCCAGAAACGAGAUGUUCUCGGCGUCUCCCACGUCGACCAGCACGUCCAAAUCAGUCGAUUACUCCUCGCACAUGCGUCCUCCGCCGAUCACCGUCAACGAACCCAUGCAGCGUGGUAUGCAGUGA